CCCUUAAAAGCUUCAGCUUAAACCCUAGAUAAUUGAAAUUGCGACUAAAUGUACGCUAUCAAUCUCUAACAACAUCAAAUCUUCACCCACAAAUUUUGUCUCUGCUCGGUUUUCGGUGCAAUGGUGGUCUGCAAAUGCCGAAAGGCUACCAAGUUAUAUUGUUUCGUGCACAAGGUUCCCGUUUGUGGAGAAUGCAUUUGCUUUCCUGAGCACCAAAUAUGUGUAAUUCGUACUUACUCAGAAUGGGUAAUAGAUGGAGAGUAUGAUUGGCCUCAAAAGUGUUGCCAGUGCCAAGCUGUGCUUGAAGAGGGGACCGGCUCUCAAACCACCCGAUUGGGUUGCUUGCAUGUUAUACACACAAGUUGUUUGGCUUCACAUAUCAAAAGCUUUCCUUUGCACACCGCACCAGCUGGAUAUGUGUGUCCAUCAUGUUCUACUUCGAUAUGGCCUCCUAAGAGUGUUAAAGAUUCGGGAUCCCGCCUUCAUUCACUGCUGAAGGAAGCAAUUAUGCAGACUGGGUUGGAAAAGAAUAUGUUUGGGAAUCAUCCAGCUUCUUUGACAGUGACAGAGUUCCGCAGUCCUCCCCCUGCAUUUGCAUCUGAUCCAAUAAUUUCUUCUUCUGGAAGCAGAGAGUAUAAUGCAAGCUCAUCAACCUCUGUGGCAAAAGAUGGAAUAAAUGUAACUGAAGGAUACGUGGCACCAACUUCUGUGUCAGAAAUUAUGGAGAUAGAGAGUCCUAGCUCAACAGGGAAUUUUAUCAAAAGUUCUAGUCCUCCUGGUCCAGGGGCUACAACACGAAAGGUUACUGCCCAUUUUGAGCGACAGAACUCUGAAAUUUCAUAUUUUGCAGAUGAUGAAGAUGGGAAUAUUAAGAAGUAUUCACGGAGGGGCCCCCUCCGUCAUAAGUUUCUCAGAGCAUUGCUGCCUUUCUGGUCAAGUGCAUUACCAACUUUACCAGUGACUGCUCCUCCACGUAAAGAUGCAUCAAAUGCAGAUGAUGUCCCAGAAGGUCGUUCGCGGCAUCAAAGAGCCUCAAGGACUGAUCCAAGGAAAAUCCUGCUCUUAAUAGCAAUCAUGGCAUGCAUGGCUACAAUGGGGAUUCUAUAUUACAGACUUGCGCAACGGGCUCUAGGGGAAGGGCUGCCCGAUGAUGAGCAGCAGUGAUUAUAAUUUAAGGUUGCAGUGGAAUAUACAUAGACCACCUGCUGGUUAUUGAUGGUGCUGCUGCUUUCAUUUAUUCAGCUCCUUAUGUUUAACCUGUGGCUGGUUUUAGCUGAAACACAAAUGAUUUUUUUUCUUUUUCCUUUUCUGAAUGCAGAUGACAGUGAACGUUAAAUAGCCUUUCCCGGCUUCUGAUUGUCCCUUUGUUAUCUGUUUUGGAGUGGAAUCGUUGAAUCAGGUUUAAGGCAAAAUGUUUUGUUCAAAAUGGAUUUGUUUUGUAAUUAUCUCUAUUCAGUUAAUAAACUUGCAAAAAUGGAAAGUUGCUUAGAAUAUUACUGGUUUCUUGGAUUUCCUGAUUGACAAGACAUACUUAAAUAAUAGUUAUUCAAAAAA